GACCGGCCAGCUCCCUUCCACCACCCAUUGACCGCCCUUUUCCACGUGUUCCCACCCUUCCCGUGCGCUGCACCCGGCCGCCAUGUCCCGUUCACCGGUCAGUCUGACCGCACCAGAGCGCCCGCCUACAUAUGCAGCGCGCGCUCCCGCCGUGUCUCCUUGUCUGAGCCCGACACCGCCGGUCCAUCGAGCUCGCUCGCAGUAAGGAGCUCACGACCAGGAGCUCUCGAGGAGGAGGAUCGUCGGCCGAUGGAGCACGGCGAGGGGAGGCACGAGGCGGCGCUGAGGGCGGUGCAGAGGGCGCCGGCCAAGCCGUGGCGCGGCGCCGGCGCCGGCGCCCCGCCGCCGCCCAGGGUGUACCGGGUGGAGCCCCGGGACUUCCGGGAGCUCGUGCAGAGGCUCACCGGCGCCGGCACGGCGUCGGCGUCGGCGACGACGGCGCAGGCGCCGGCUCACGCGGCCGCGGCGCACGGGCGGCGCAGGGAGGCCGCCCCGGCGGAGCAGUUCGACUACUCGUCGUGGUUCUCCGCGCCGCUGCUCAGCCCCGCGUCCAUGCCGGCCGGCAUGGACGCCCACCAUGGCGCUCUGCUGUAGGAGAGAGCAAGCAGUACCCGUGGUCGCCGCUCGCCGCUCGCCGCUCGGCGCUUGUAAAAUCGAGCUAGAGUUCUCCAUCGCUUCCCCCCACUUCUCAUUGUUUUCUUUCAAGGGAGAUGAGAUUACACAUGACAGUGCUUUCGCUCAUGCACUUAAUUUAGUAAUAGUUCUUUUCCUCAAAAAUAAAAUAAAAUUAGUGUAGUUCUUUAUUAUGAGUAAUAAAAAGAUUACUUUGCUCUGCAAUUCUCUGUUUCUUCCAUGGAAUGACACAUGGCAGUGCUUAUGUAAUUCCUAAAUAUAAGUAUUUCUGGAGGUUUUAUUAAAGAACUAAAUACGAAA